UUACCUCUUUAUAACCAUCAGAUUCAUUUUGAAAAUGGACGGUCUAGAUUAGCUUAUACAACAUUACUAAAAAGAAUCCUAAAACCCCUCCAGGAGAAUCAAUCCUCCAUGAAUUUCAGCUGCUACCUUAAACCCUAGGAAAAUCCCCAACCUUAGCUACUCGUUAGUUCUUCAUGGCUCGUUUCGUAAGAUUUCUGAGAAGAACAGUGAUUAGUUCAUCGCCUUCAAUUCUUUACCGAAACCCUACAACUUGUGUUCAGUCAAAUCGAAACACUAGUCUCUUGAUCAGCCGUAAGUUUCUUAGCUCGGGGAGUUAUGUGUCGGAAAUGAGGAAAUCAGCUUUCGAGGGUAACAUUCUUCGAUUAAUUCGUUCUGAGAUUCAGUCCGAGCUCGAUCACUCGCCUCCUCUUCAGCCUGAGGAGAGGUUUGGCCCAUUCACAGUGGAUGAGCGGCCGGGGGAGCAAUGGAUUAGCUUGACAAGAAAAUUUGGGGAGAAGGAAGAUAUUAAAGUGGAAGCAACCAUGUUUGAUGGAUCAGUUCCAUCAUCAAAAUCUACAAGCGCCGACCCUGAAGAUGUUCAGCUUCAUAUUACUUUCAUUGUCAACAUCUCUAAGGGUGAUCGUGAGACGUUAGAGAUCAUGUGUUCUGCUUGGCCUGAUACCAUACAGAUCUCCAAGUUCUUUGUUCGUAAAAGCAGCAACAACUCACCAAAUGCUUAUAUUGGACCAGAAUUCCAGGAAAUGGAAGAUGAACUUCAAGACUCGGUUUAUCGUUUUUUGGAGGAAAGAGGUAUAAGUGAUGAUCUUGCUGAGUUCUUGCAUCAGUACAUGAAGAACAAAGAUAAAGCGGAGUAUAUUAGAUGGAUGGAGACUGUUAAAUCUUAUGUUGAGCAAAAAUGAAAUCUUUUAAUUACUACAUUCUUAGGUGUUGAUCCAAUGAAAGUUCCGUUGGAUAUGGCUUUUAGAAAGAUUUUUUUUUGGCAUGGUUCUUAGUUGCCAGACGUAUGUGAUAUUUAUGGAUCUAAAUAUGAUGAAAUUGCGUUCAUACU